AUGUCAGCUCUUUUCCACACUAAGGAUCGUUCUGCCAAGGAAUGCCAUCAUGUUCCUGGCCAGGAGAGAAGCACCAAGUCCACCAUCCUCGAAACCGGCGCCGCCCUGACCCAAGAUUUCACUCCCACCAAGAACAUCUGCGCCCACCUCAACGCCUUCCACGUCUAUGCCUCUGACCCAACACGGGUAGUAGAGGCAAACCACUACUGCGGUCACCUAACAGAGGAUGUUCGCCAGUGCCUGCUCUACGACUCACCCGAUCCAGGCGCCCGUCUCAUUGGAGUCGAGUACAUGAUCAAGCCUCAUUUAUACGAAACCCUACCGCAGGAGGAGCGCCGACUUUGGCACUCGCACGUCUUUGAAGUCAAGUCCGGCAUGCUUGUCAUGCCACAGCCCAACUCCGCCGUUCCUACAGCCGCCUGGGAAAAGGCUGAGACCGAAGAGAUGAAGGAAGUAAUCGAGCUUUAUGGCAAGGUCUAUCAUCUCUGGCAGGUUGACAGAGGGGACAGGUUGCCCAUGGGGGCACCGCAGCUGAUGACAAGUAUUACCUCUUUCGACCAGGUGCCCGAUUUGGAGAAGAAGAUGGAUGAGAGAGAUCAAAAGUUUGUUGGCCAGGCCGUGGACUGGAGACGGAAGAGAGAAAUCAGGAAGGACCUUGUGGAACCAACUGUUCAUCCGGACGCAGAUUAUCAAGUAAAGAGGAAGGAAUAA